UGAGUACACUCUAGAAUUGGUCAGUGUGUCCGUCCGGCCGGCCGUUUACACGAUAACUUUUGAAAAGAGAGUCCAAUCGAGAUGGAAUUUUCCACACAGUUCAGUCUUAACAAUGUCUCGGUCGAGUUCGAAGAUGAGAAGGAUCCGUCAAGAAAUGGCUGAGUUAUAGAAAAAAUUGUCAUUAUUGAGAAGACCAUCCCUGAGGAGAGGUACAGGGAUUUUUUCAAAAGAAAACUUUUUUCUCCGAAUUAUUCACAACAUAUAUAAAUCGACUCAGUUUUUAACGCUGAUUCUGAAUCUGAUAUUAGUUUUGAACCAAACCGUAGCUUUCUAACAAAACAUCCCCUGAAAAAGGUCUCAAAAUGCAGAAAAACUGCAUGAAGAAAGCAAAUAGGCUAGAUAUGUCUCAGAUGAUAAAAAACAAAGUGAAUAUACCUGUUUACUUUUUGAAGUACACAUAACACUCGGAUUUAAAUCCGAUGUUUUCGCAUUUAUUUGGAUUAAAAUUGGGCCGCUUAAUAUUUUCAGCUACAGAAAAACUCUCAUGUACAAUACAAGGUUCAAGUUGUUGUUUACAAGAUGUUCUUUGUGCAGCUGAAUCUGUUAUUCAUCAUUUUCAACGUAUUCGAGAUGAUAGUAAUUUUAAAUCGUUUUAUAGUGGUGUUGUCAAAGACAGUGAAGAUUUAACAGAUAAACCUAUUCUACCACGACAUCGAAGACCACCAAAACGUUAUGAUUCAAAUCCAGCUGUUGUAAAUUUUUCUAGUUGUGAAGAAUUUUAUCGCCAACAAUAUAUUGAAGCACUUGAUAUUGUUGUUAAUAUGUUAAAAAACCGAUUUACUCAAAAGAACUUUAAAUUAUUAUGUAAUGUUGAGAAAUUUAUUAUUCAUGUAGCAAAUAAUUCACUUGAUGAUCCAAAUGAUUGUGUGC